AGUCCCAAGUUAUUCUCUGACAGUUCGCAACCAGAAGUUGUUGGUGCUGGAGUGAAGAUCAAUGUGUUGUGCUUUAUGCUAGCACUUACCCACACAAUGGCUUUAAUAAAAUCGAUCCUUUGUGUCGUAUUUUUCGCGCUAAUUUUCCUGCAAAGUGGAACUGAAGUGUCAGGAGAGACGCUGGCGAAGAAGAUUUACGGUCCGAAAUUUGGGAAUUUCGGGAACCAGCCGCCUCCCCGCCACGACACUCCUGCCUCGUCGUGUUCCUGCUCUUGCGGCGAGCGAAACGAAAACAGCCGUAUCGUGGGCGGCAAGCCGACCAACGAAAAUGAAUUUCCUUGGAUGGCUCGUCUUUCCUAUUUCAACAGGUUCUACUGCGGAGGAAUGCUGAUCAAUGACCGCUACGUCCUAACAGCCGCUCACUGCGUCAAAGGGUUCAUGUGGUUCAUGAUCAAGGUCACUUUCGGAGAGCACGACCGCUGUGUCGAGAGCAAGAAGCCGGAGUCGAGGUUCGUCCUCAGGGCCAUUGCGGGGGCUUUCAGUUUUCUCAAUUUCGACAACGAUAUUGCGCUUCUACGGCUCAACGACAGGGUGCCCAUCACGCAAACCAUCAAACCCAUUUGCCUACCCAAGGCUAAAGAUAAUUUAUACGUCGGAUCAAAGGCUGUAGCUUCCGGCUGGGGAACACUGCAAGAAGAUGGAAAACCAUCCUGUGUGUUGCAAGAAGUUGAAGUACCCGUUCUCAGUAAUGAGGACUGCAGGAAUACCAAUUACUCGGCGAAAAUGAUUUCCGAUAACAUGUUGUGUGCAGGAUAUCCUGCCACAGGGAAAAAAGACUCCUGCCAGGGUGACAGUGGCGGUCCGUUGGUUACGCAAAGGAAAGACGAAAAAUACGAACUCAUCGGAAUUGUGUCCUGGGGCAAUGGUUGUGCUAGACCCGGGUAUCCAGGCGUCUACACCCGUGUUACGAGAUAUUUGGACUGGAUUUUGGAAAAUUCGAAAGAUGGGUGUUUCUGUGAAGACUGAAUUUUGUGAUAUGUGAAUUGGGAAAUACUCGUGCAAUUUAGCAGUAACUUGUAUUAUAAAGUGUAUGUUUUAAAUAUUUAGUCUUUCACCGAGCAAUAUGUUUAACUAUUUACAAACAGAGUAAAAUUAAACUGCAUUUUAGCGUGUACAAAUGUAAGAAUAAAAAUGUAAAAACCUGUAGUACUCAAAAAAUAAAUAAUUUCUUAAAACAAAA